GGUCCUCUCUGCUCCGUUGCUGUAGCGACAGAAGUGGAGGCCUUCUGAAUCGGGCCAAGGGCCCAUCAGUCCAGUGGUGCCCCUAGGGAGGAAAGGCGUCAGGGUUGUGAUGCUUCCCUUCUGCUGACCCAAGGACCUGUUAUUCAGAGGUCAGAAAGCAGCAAUGGAAACUUUAGAGGAAGAAAACUUUGGCGUAUCCAUUUCUUCCCCUUCGGAUGCAGAAUUUGAUGCAGUUGUUGGAUAUUUGGAAGACAUUAUAAUGGACCAGGACUUUCAGCUCAUACAAAGAAACUUUAUGGAUAAAUACUAUCAGGAGUUUGAUGAUACGGAGGAAAACAAGCUAAUCUACACUCCUAUUUUUAACGAAUAUAUCUGCUUAGUUGAGAAAUAUAUUGAAGAGAAACUCUUGGAUAGGAUUCCUGGCUUCAGUAUGUCGGCCUUCACCUUGUCACUACAGCAACACAAGGAUGAAAUCGCAGGGGACAUUUUCGACAUGCUGCUUACAUUCACUGACUUCCUGGCAUUUAAAGAAAUGUUCCUGGAUUACAGAGCUGAAAAAGAAGGUCGAAGUCUCGACUUGAGCAGUGGAUUAGUGGUGACGCCUCUGAGUAAGUCCUCUGUAUCUCCUUCACAGAACAGCCUGCGGCACUAGCUAUCUCCUCCCGGCAAGAGUGUCUUAGCUUGGGAUGCUUGGACCGUGAAAGGCAAGACAACAUCAACGCACCAGGUUACGCACACUCCAUCGCGGCAGGCCUGGUUUUCCCAGCUGCUUGUGCGAAUGGAUGUUUCCAUGCAAUCCAUGACCAGUAGAACUCCAUCCCUAUUAAAACAAUGGUCUUGCAGCUCUCGGAUCUAUUCUGUUUCAGCCAAACUGGAUUUUAACACCAUUGAGUAAAUGCAGUGACCUGUUAGAGGGCUGCUGGCUUCCACCGAGUACUUCUCCAUCAUGGGCCAAGAAGAACAGAAGGGACAUGCUGAGCCUGCCUGGAGUCGGCUGGUUCAAACUGCACACCCCUGGCAGAUCUUCUGAGCUACAAGUGCUGCGGCAAAAUCAUUUUGAUCAUGGCUGCAAAUGCCAAAUUUUGACUUAAACAAAAAGUGUGUGUGUGACAUGAAUAUAUAUGGAGAGAGAGAGAGAGAGAGAGAGAGAGCAUGAAGCUGUUACUUGUUUUAUUUGCUAGUAUUGUGGUUGUUUGCCUCUCCCAUUGGCUGUCUUGUAUCUUUAGAACUCAAGACCUCACCUGUUGUUUUUGAAAUGCAGGGGUUUUUCUCUUUCCUCAGAAGCAUCAUGCAACAUUUUGGUACUACCUGCAGUAUAUGUGCUAGCAAGGACUGUGUUUUCUGUGAUGCGACUGCUCAGGGCAGGUCUGCGCCACAUCUUUAAACCGGUUCAACCACCAGGGAGGAACUGUAGGGAUUGCACUGUUACGAGGUGCAGAUACCAUUUUUGUCGUUCUGCUUUUUUCAUAGAACGACAGUUUCCCAGGUUAAAAGCUGGGAAAGGCCACGUUAGCUCAACCCUACUCAAAUUUGUUGUCUAGAUUCGUCUCUGUAUUAUGUUUAAACUCAUGGCUUCUCUACAGAAAACGCUGGGAAUUGGUCAGUGAGGAAUAUAAGGCUCCAAAAUGUUUCGCUGCUUUCCAAAACUAAAAUUUCCAAGGUUUCAUUAGGGAAAUGAUGGUCGCUAAACUAGUUUUAAACUGGGUCAGAUCUGUUGUGAGAAUGAUGAGAUAAAUAACCGAUGAGCCCCUGAAUUUUUAUCAGUGUUCACCGUCGUGAAAUUAAAAAAAAGAAAAUCACAUGGAAACUUUUCCAUUUGGAGAUA